ACAACCGCCGUUGCACGCUCGCGCGCGCGGCCGCCGGCGGUCGCCCUCUCUCGUUACAAACCGCACUAUCUCGACGUCUUGCAUGGCACCUGCCGACCUCAACCAGUGACGAUCGCAGUCGCGUUGUCCACGUGCUACGUUGGCGGCCCACUUUCGGCCGCGCGCAAUCGACAGUGGUCCCGAGAGUCGGAAGAGCGAUCGCCGGCGCUCCCGGUCGCAGCGAAAUUCGGUUUAAGCCGCGUAUGCUGCCGCCUGUCACUUUGAAAAAGUAGAAUUCACGCACGCCGCGUUCGGUCGCCGGCGCAGGAGCGGCGGACAAUCCGCCGAUUGCGCGACGAGACAUUUGAAUAUCACGGCGAUCGAGAAAUAGUUGAAAUUGAAUCGCGAGUUCCCGCCGAAAUCCAAGUUCGCCGGCAGACACCCGCGCGAUUCGUUCGUCCUCGGGCUACACGCGCGUCGCGAUUGGGAGUACGAACCCUGAAGCGUGUGCCGAAACGCCGAUCAAGUGCAACGCGACGAGAGACAGUACCGCGAUUAUUACGAUUGCGCGCUGCGCCUGUGCGUAAAACGAAUCGUACGAUGAACGACGGCAUAGUUGGUGCAAUUGCGAUCAGUUUGUUCGGGCUCGUUCUAGGCGGCGAGAAGAAGCGUCGGGUCAGUAUGGAUGCCGGUUAUUCCGUUCUCAGUAGCGAUCUCGAGGCCUGCAGGAUGUUCGAUCAGUAUUCCUACAAGAGGAACGAUAACCUCGACUUGUCUUUGAACGUCCCACAGCAUCACCAGACACCAUACCAUCACGACAGCUACAAUAUGUCGGACCAGACGUUUCACACACCGAGUUUCGGUGACGAGGACUUUGACAUACCAACUAUUCAUCCUCAUUCGCAUCAGCAGCAGCAGCAACAUCAUCAACAACACGACACCAUGCAAGCGUACCAGCCACAAAUAAUGCAAGGUAGCGGUAUGCAACAAUCACCGGACGGUCUUAGUCUGGACGCUAGUGGAUAUCAGCAACAGCUCUAUUUACAGCAAGAGCAUUCGAUGCAACCGAUCAAUGUCAGCUCGGCAUAUGGCAACUCGCAAGGUUCGUACGCGACAAUGAGUUCCCCACGCCAGCAACAACACAGCGGACAACAAUUGCUGAUGUUGCAACAGCAGCAGCAGCAGCAACAGGUGCAGCAGAUGCAGCAUAUGCAGUAUAUGCAUUCUCAGCAGCAGCAGCAGCAACUGCAGCAGCAGCAGCAGCAGCAACAACAACAACAAAUGCAGUACAGAAGUCCUACCGGAGGCAGUCCGACUGCUAUGCAAGCCAAUAAUAUCCCAGAGACGAAUAACAACACUACGACCAGUGAAGAUAGUGAUGAUAGCACUCCACAUUCUGGUGGAAUGAUUGCUAUGGUCAAACGUGAGCCACCGUCGCCAGAACCAGCUGACGUUGGAGCGAAGAAUCAAAGAAAAACGAAGCCACAGAAGAAAAAGAAGAAGAGAGAUCCUAACGAGCCACAGAAACCCGUAUCAGCAUACGCCCUUUUCUUCAGAGAUACUCAGGCAGUAAUUAAGGGAAAACAUCCAAAUGCUAGCUUUGGAGAAGUAUCAAAAAUCGUUGCGUCAAUGUGGGAUGCGUUAGACAUUGAACAUAAAAAUUAUUAUAAAAAGAAAACCGAGGCAGCUAAGAAGGAAUAUUUGAAAGCUCUUGCGGCAUACAGAGCAUCUCUGGUGAGCAAAGGUGCAGGUGAAAAUGAACAAAAACAGCAAACACAACAGCCACAACAACAAAUGCAAUAUAGCGGGUACACAAGCUAUGCCAACAAUACUCCGCCAGGAAAUGUUACAUAUCAAGUUUAUAGCCCUCAGCAUCAACCUUCGUCACCUCAACAGCAGCAUCAGCAACAACAACAGCAGCAACAAAUGGCUGUUAAUAAAAAGUCACCCCAUCAUUUAGCUAUGCAAGGAAAUCCUCAACAACAAGGUUUAAUGGGCAAUGUAAUGGCACCACCGCACAUAACACAACAACAGCAGCAUAUGCAACAGCAGAUUUCACAACAGCAAUACAUGCAGGUGCCUCAACAACAGCAAGUACAACAGGUACAAGUGCAGCAGCAACAGCAGCAACAAAUAAUACAUACAAGUCCACCUAGAGCAGAAUUUAUAAAAUCUGAAGAUUUAUCGAUAAAGUCUGAAACUUUAUCUAGUUCUUCGUCGCCAGUAAAUCCUUCACAAGUGGCUAUGACAGGACAAGGACCACCACCUUGUAUACAUCAGGGUUGUCCCAAUCCUGCUAUAUCCAAUAAUGAAUGGGAGGAUGAAUAUUGCAGCAACGAGUGUGUGGUCAGCCAUUGCAGAGAUGUAUUUAACACAUGGGUGUCUUCAAAUCAAAAUCCUCAACAAAACUAUUCUACAGUUAAAUAAGUGUUCUACAAGAGAUGAACUGCAACAACUAUUCAAUGGCCUCACAGCUUAAGGCCCGUUGUUAAUCUGUAAAGUAAAAUAUUUAAAUGGAUGUAUAUACAUAAGCUGGUGAACGACAACUUUUUAAAGUGUCAAGACUAUUCAUACAACAACAGAGAUACAGCAUUAGAGAAGUUGACGGAUAAUUUGAAAUGUGAAUGGUAAUAGCAUACAGAUGUGUUCUGUAUGUGCAUGCGUGUCAGCGAGAGAAUAACAGGAGAAAGAAAAAUAAUGGUGAAAUAAAGAUAAAAUUGUUUCUUUUUAGGAAAAGAAGUUAGAAUGUAUAUUGAAAAGCCUUAUCCAAAAACUUAUUACUCUGGCCAAAGGUCUUUGUUUGUAAGGAGUGUAUUACGACUUGCGUAAUUUAAAUAAGUGCAUUUAUUUACACUUAUGAGAAGUCAAAUGACAGCAAACUUUUUUACAUUCUCUAAUACUCCUUACUGACAGACAAAGCGUGCCAAUUGUACAGGCAUUGUUUCUUUUUUAACGUCAUAUAGUGUUGCAGUUUUUUAAAGUUCACCGAACAAGGACUAGUUUUCUUUUUAAUUGAAUUAUCUCAACUGUGUUUCUCUGAACUUUACAUUUGUUACUUUGAUAUAGUCAACAAAUAACAGUACAAGCAGAUAAAAGCAGUAUAAAACGUAUAAAUAAGUGCACUACGUUUAAUGUGUGUUUCGUUCAUGCUGUGAGAACAAUUAUGAUUAGAUAAAAAGAGGACUUAUAUAGCAAACUGACAUGCCAUGGUAAUUAUCAUGAUUUAUUUCAAUAUAUAAUAUUUAAGAAUAA